AUGCAAUCUCCACUCGGCGGCGCUCUACCGGGGGUUACCUCGAGGGUCAGGAGGCAGAAAAGCAGGACGCCUGUCCAAGCAACUCCAGAUAAAUCCGCACACAGUCUCUCCAGGGAAGACAUUGCAAAGUUCAUCAACAGUCGAAAACAGAACAUCUGCGUGGGACUGCUCCAGCACGGCUUCCACAGGUCCUUCUCGGAGCUCUUCCUAUUACUGCGUUUGGAUCAGGAGCGAAGGGAGGCGGCGGAGAUCAACUCGGCGCUCAGUCUUCAGACGCCGCUGGAGGAGCAGCACGCCAAAGUGGAGAGCAUCGGUCUGCACCUGAGUCGCGCCGAACGUGCGCAACGGGAGGGUCAAUGGCCGGCGGCUUACGAGCAGCGUCUGCAUUUGGGCGCCUACUUCACGCGGGAGUUGGAGGACCUGUGGCUCAGCUUGCACUUCUACCACACCUGCACGGACGCGCGCGAAGACGGAUGCGGGAGGCACGCCACUGAGGGACGCGCCUGCUUGGCAGAGCUCUACUUGCAGCAAGGUCAGCUGGACAAGGCGAGGGAGCAAGCCGAGCUGUGCGUGCGCAUGGCCGACGAAGGCCGUUGGCGGGACUCGUCCGGUCGCUUCCUUCCCCGCAGAUCCCGCGAGAGCUUGUGGUCCAUCUACAGCCGGCAGGCGGACGCUCGCGUCAAGGCCGGAGACCCCUACGGGGCUCUGGAGCUCCUCCACAAAGGCUACGCCACCGCCACCGAGUCCGAAAACAAAUACAUCGAAGGAGAAGCCGCCUAUCAGCUCGGACUCGCCUAUUACAGCGUCGGAAACUACGACACGUCCGAACAGUACCUGAACACAUCCAUGCAGAUCUGCAGCACCACAGAGGAUUUUGACGGCCUGGGCAAGGCCUACAAGGCCGUGGCCAAGUUAAGCGAAAGCAAGGGGAACAUCACCGCUACCAUCCAGCUUUUGGAGACCUUAGUUGACAUCUCCCGUCGUAAGAGCCUCCAUCACCACCUGGUAGACGCGUGCCUAUGUCUGGGCCACGUCUACACUAACAAGAGGCAGUACGACCGAGCUCGAGAGAGCUUGCUCCAAGGUUACAGCGUGGCCUGCGACAUCGGAGACGUGUCUCUGGUUCAGAAGGCUCAGGUGUCUCUGGCCAGCGCUCACACUCGUUGUAUCGUCGGCAAGUACAGCGCGGACGUGGAGUCCACCGCGCCCGACGCCCUGACGCGACUGCUGACCUGGAAAGUGUCCAGAGGACUCGACGACGCCUGCGACAACUCCGGGGUCUGCGACUAUUGA